UAUAUAUAUAUAUACACAAUAACUGUCAUCUCUCUUCUAUCAAAUACCUUUGGGAGAAGAAGAAUUUUCUCCGGUUCAGUUUCCCGGAUUCUUUGCCAUGGCGGCCCAUUUCAAUAACUUAGUGACGAUUGCUUUCGCGGCGGUGGUGGUCUGGGUUCUACAGUUGGAGUUGGGCGAGGCGUUUGGGACAUUCGGGUUCGAUAUUCACCACCGCUACUCGGAUCCAGUCAAGGGUAUUUUGGACCUUCAAGGCUUGCCGGAAAAGGGUAGCGUCGACUACUACUCCGCCUGGGUGGCGCGUGAUCAACACCGCCUUUCCAAGGGCCGCCGCCUCGCUGAGUCCGGCGAUUCCGAUAUGCUGACUUUCGAAGCUGGGAAUGAGACUGUGCAGAUAUCUGCUUUGGGAUUCUUACACUAUGCAAAGGUUUCGGUGGGCAUGCCUCCUCUAUCAUUUCUUGUGGCACUGGACACCGGAAGCAAUCUGUUUUGGCUGCCAUGUGAUUGCAGCAACUGUGUGCGGAGUCUUAUACUAGGACGAGGAGCAAUAAUAGAUUUUAAUAUGUAUAGCCCGAAUGCCUCAUCGACCAGUGAGAUUGUUCCUUGCAAUGAUCUGUGUGAACAAAGAAGACAAUGCUUAGCAGAAAGCAAUGCUUGUCCCUAUAGAGUUGCAUAUCUCUCUCAGAACACCUCGUCACAAGGGAUAUUGGUAGAGGAUGUCUUGCACCUAGUCACUGAAGGCAGUCAACAGAAAAGCAUCGAUGCACCAAUUACAUUUGGCUGUGGGAUUCAGCAAACGGGUGCAUUUCUGGAUGGUGGUGCUCCGAAUGGUCUAUUUGGGCUUGGAAUGAGUGAUGUUUCUGUUCCUAGCGUCUUAGCAUCCAAGGGAAUUGCUGCAAAGUCAUUUUCUAUGUGUUUUGGGCUACAUGGACUUGGGAGAAUAGUUUUUGGGGACAAAGGCAAUUCAAACCAAGGAGAAACGCCAUUGAAUAUUGAACAAUCACACGCAACUUACAACAUCAGCCUUACUCAAAUAGCUGUGGAGAAAAAUGUGACUGAUGUUGAUUUUACAGUGGUAUUUGACUCUGGCACAUCCUUGACAUAUUUAAACGAUCCGGCAUACACAAUCAUUACACAGAAUUUUAACUCUUUUGCUAAGGAUCCGCGCAGUCAAAUUCUUUCCAAUUCCUCUAUUCCUUUCGAGUAUUGCUAUGACAUGAGUCCAAACCAAACCGUGAUUGAGUUUCCUGAUUUGAAUCUAACAAUGAAAGGUGGCGACCAGUUUCAUGUUUUUGACCCAUUAAUAGUUUUGCAUUUGGAGAAUGAUUCGCUUUCCUAUUGUUUAGCUGUCGUCAAAAGUGGAGAUAUCAACAUCAUUGGACAAAAUUUCAUGACUGGCUACCGGGUGGUUUUUGAUAGCGAGAAGCAGGUUUUGGGCUGGGAACAAUCAGACUGUUACAACGAUACAGAAUCCAAAACGUCUACUCUUCCUAUAAACAAGUAGAACUCAACAACCGAAGCACCUUCGCCUGCUACUUUGAAUCCCGAGGCCACUACAAAUACAACUCAGCCUCCUCUCUCAACUCCAACAGGUUUGGUGCCUCCACCAGCAGGAAACUAUGCAUCACACUUGAAUGGUUUCUUUGGCAAACUAAUGAUGGCUUUUUUCUCAAUUUGUUGCUAUUUUUGGAUCAUUAUAUCAUCUUGAGGCUUGUUUAGUCUGUAUAGUGAGUGUAUACCAUAUCUGAACCACAUCUGUUAUACCAAUACAAAUACAUAGGGACUGAGCUUUCCACCAUUUUUUAGCACAAUAAUAUCAUUAUUUAUUGUAAAAUAUAGGUGGAUGUAUAUAUACUUACUGAACUUCCUUUGGUAUAGUUAAUACAUUUUCUUUUUGCUAGUGUUUUUAGAUCUUGUUGGAUUUUAUAUUUAAUAACUCGUGGUGGGAAGUUGGGAACU